CGACUCGAAAGUGAUCAGGAAUGUGAUCCUGGUUGAGAUGCUGAUCCCCUUGUGCUGCUUUGCUGGAGCACAAGAUGUGUCUCCUGCAUUCAAAGCCGGUGCUCUGUUUAAGUAUAAAUACACUGUGGAUUUGUUAUUCGAGACUGCAUCCAAUCCAGGAACGCAGCCUGGAUCAGGGUUCAGGAUUGAUGCUAUCGUUCAGCUUCAUGUCGUUUGGAAAAAUAGUAGCAAUGAGCAAGACCAGCUCAUUCAACUACAAGUGGAAGCAGUGCAACUGUUGAAUGUGUCAGAACGCCAGGAGAGUCAGAACAUCUUCAGGCAGACUCAGGUGGAGGCUUUGUUGGGACCUACAAAUGCAGCAGCCCUAAAGAGGCCUGUAAUCUUUCACUGGAAUUCAGGAAAGAUCGAGGCUCUGUAUGGAUCGGAUGAAGGUCAGAGAUCAAUCCUAAACCUAAAGCGAGGUCUAGUUAGUCUUUUUCAGCUACAGUCGAUUUCUGGAAGCGUCACAGAGACCGAUGUGUCGGGGACCUGUAAAGUUGCUUAUAAAAUGGAUAACGGGCAGGUGAUUAAGAUCAAACAGCUUCAGAGCUGUGAGAGGCAAGCAUUUGGGUUUGCGGCAUCCAAUAAGGUUCUGAGAGUUCACUGGCAACCCACCUGUGCAACUCAUUACUCUGUGGAGGAUGGGAUUAUCAAGUCAGCAGUCACAGAGGAAAAUCAUGUGGUCAGCCUCAAUCUUCAAUCAACAAUUGGUGCCAAGAUCAGUUCAAGACAACAACUUCACUAUUUGACCUCAGAACCGAGAUCGGAGGAAUUUUCCAAAAGGAGCCUUCAAGAGGCAUUGCAGGAUCUUGGAAACUACAUCUCCUUCUCUGUAAGCAGUGAUCCCGAAGAGACAGCUUGUAACGAGUGUCCUUCUGCAGGAGAUUAUUUCAGAAGUUUCAGGAAAACAGUUGACCUCCAGGAUCUUUCGAACGUAUCCACCACCAGGAGCUUUGUGAGACUCGUCCAAUUACUGAGAAAAUCUGAGAAGAUCGAGGUCUUGGAUCUGCUGAAGAAGGCAGUGGUCAAGGAGAUUCCUUUCCUCAUAGACUCAUUAACAGCAGCUCAGACCAAAGCUUGCCUCGCUGCACUCUCCGAAUAUCUAGACUUCACCAAGAAGACCCAGACUUCAAUGCUGGAGAAAUUUUUAUACGCCUCAGCUCUCUCUUCACGCCCAUCGGAGGAGCUGUUACGCACUUUGCUGGACAAGUUUAACGGCAAAAUUGCAAACAGAGAAAUCCGGGAAACCACAGCUUUAGCAAUUGGAGCUGUGAUCGGCAAGAUGUGUCGGGUGGGACUCUGCAAACUACAGGUUGUCAAGGCUGCAAAGCACACGCUUGUGGACGCUUUGAAAUUGACUCAGCAGGAAGCAGACACUAAGAUGUACCUCCUAGCCCUGAAGAACGCUCUUCUUCCAGAAACCAUUCCUCUUCUAUUACGAUAUGCUGACCAGCUCUCUGGGUCCGUGACAGCGAUUGCCGUGGCUGCGCUGCAGAGGUUCCCAAGUGUCUAUAUCACCCCCGAGGUGAAGCAACACAUGAACCGGAUUUUCCACCAGAACAGGAAUGUCUAUGACAUUGCCGUGCGAGCGGCUGCAGCUGACGUCAUCCUGAACAGCGCGCCUUCGGUCAUGGAAGUGAAGAAUCUAUUGCUGUCUACCGGAGAAGUGGAGCCAGAACUGUCUAAGUACCUUCUGGCAAAACUGCAGAAUAUCCUGCGGUCUGACCGUCCGGUGAGGAAAAUAAUCAGCGAAGCUCUGAGAGACCAGGUUGUCUAUAAUUACCACCGACUGUCAAGAACUGGACGUUCAUCUUCCUGUUCAGGAUAUUUAGCAGUUACCAGGGAUAUGAUAUCCUCCUACAGCAUGGAUUUACUCUUUGGAGAAACUGGCGUCUUAAGGAAGAGUAACUCUGAUUUCUUCAUAUUUAGCCAAGGAAGUCACCUUCACGCUACCCAGGUCUCAAUCGAAGCUCAAGGUCUAGACUCAUUUUUGGAAGAAAGCUCGAAGGAAGCAAAAGAUGAUGUGGUACCUAUGGCUGAGAUGUCCGUGAUUCUCUUCGAUGUCCAGCUCCGUCCAGUGGUGUUCUUCCAAGGAUACGAUGACCUUAUGGAGAAAGUGUGGGCAGUGACUGAGGAACCUACUAAUGUGAUAAGCGGAUCCAUUUUACUCAUUGAUCAUCUUCAGGCGAUUCUCCUUCAAUCUGGGCUUCAAGCAAGUGCUGAAUUCCAGGGGGGGCUCGGAAUUGACAUUUCGGGCAACAUCGAGCUCAGUUUUUGGAGCCAAGAAUCCAAAACCCGCAUCAGAAAUAGAGGUUCACUGGUAGUGAAUUCUGUCAUCCAAAUGGAUACAUCCUUCAUUCAAGCCGGAAUCAGCACCAUUUCGGAGGCAGAAGCAGCUUUGGAUUUUGUCACCACCGUCAAGUUUUUAAACAGCCCCAUUUUGAUUUGCCUCCAGCUGAAAAAAGAGCCAUUUGAAUACAGAGAGACCGUCACAGUCUACGAGUCUUUAAAAAAGGGACGAGAUUUUCACUUCAGAAAGGGCCGGACGGUGACCAUUCAGGGCACAGAGGUUCCACUGCAUCGAGCUAACUCCGACAUGUGUAAGGAGCUGCUUCCAGAGCAGCAAGAGACAUCAGACUGAAGUGUUGAGGAUGUCGCCACAACCAGAGGAGACACUUGACUUCAACAGGCCUCAAGUGUAAGAAUUGCCAACUUGACUCACAAUUUCCAAUGAAGGUUUUUUAAUUUGUUACAAGGGCUGUUCCGAUAUGUUAUAGCGGCCAUUCUUGACUAUUGUGGAACAAAGUAAAGAUGCAGCCCACACCCUCUCCUCUCCUCCAGGAAAUAGCUUGCAAUGUUCAACACUGUGGAAACCAAAGCAAACUCUACUGUGAACCUCUGCACCAUUGGAACUUAUUGGCGCUUAUUGAAUUUUGCCUCUACGUUUCCAAAUGACGUUGGGACUUUUUUUUUAGAAAAAGAUUUUACCUUUUACCCACUCUUUUUUUUCUUUCCUUCUUCUUUAUCAGUUCUUGCUUAUUCCUGCACAGCCUUCGUGUUGCAAGGUCAGGUGAAAUGGACUGUAAAUCUGUACCGUGCGUGCGGUAGCAGGUUAAGAAUGGGCAAUUCCAAGGUGAAUUGUUUAAGUAGCUCAUUGACAUGUGAACUGACACCUCAAUCCACAAGGGAAAAAGGGACAUCGGGUGAUUCACUUGUUUGUGAUGAACCAACAAAUUUUGUUUGGUCAGAAUAAACCAACCCUCUCCGUUUCGGGAAACUGUCUAUCGCGGGUGGCCUAGUUAGGUAACCUCUGUCUCUGCGUAUUGGCAACCAGGCUAUUUGGAUUGAGGACCAUUCAUUUUGCUCACGGUAUUAA